AUGGCUGCUGCGGUGGGUUGCGCAUUUGCGCAUCCCCGCAGCAGCCUUCCACUGCGAUCGAAAAUCAAGCACACUGCAGGAGCCAAUCGCAACAGUCACCACAAGAAGCCGAUCAAAGCCACCAUCCCCAAGGCCCAUCUCUACAUAUCCGAAGGCCGCUUGUCGUCCGACAACCCCAUCCCGAUCCCCACUGAUAAGGACGAGCUGGCGCGAUCGCCAUCAAGACAAAUCCUGCACCACCCGUUCACCUCUCAGAUCAAUCUCUUGUUGAGUCACUCGACCGCUUCCGCUAGUCUAGAAGCAGCCGGCCUCGAGCCGCCUGGACCACCGGAGCUCUUGGCGCGCUUAUCAGACAUAGGCACGUACCAACACAUCGCCAAUCUCAAUCUUGCCGAUCUCUUGGGCGUCGAUUUCGCCAAGACAUAUCUACGAUCAGGAAGUCUGGUCGCACUCUCGGUCCCCAAACUCGUCGGGGAUGAUCUCUUCGCAAUCGAUGGCUACGGCACGAUCCACAUGAGACUGUGUCAAUCGACCUACCAAACCCUAGGUAUUUCAGGUCGACGCUCCAAAUAUGGAUCUCCCGGCCAACACUUCGUUGUAGAGAUUGAUAUGCGCGAUCCGGCGAUGCGAUCUGGGAAAGCAGUCUACGAGCGCACCAAGCGAUGUCUGGACGCCUUCCCGGGAAGCGUUUUCAACGAUCUUUUGGGGCCCAAACACGAGCUUAGAGGGCGACGUUGGGAAGUGGUGAUGGUCUGGGUUGACGAACAAGGCCGCUUACAGCCUAUCAACGCCUCCCUUCUCCAGCCUACAACAACCUUCCAAACACGUGUUCCGGAGAUCAGCCGGGUGGAGAAACGUGUCCCUCAGCUCUCACAACCUGACACAGUCGAGGGUUACCUGGAUCUAUACGAACAGAUCGGCGAAGCCAUCCUGUCAACGAGCGACAAUCAUCCCGUCCCAAAAGGGGGGAUAGCGGCGUGUGCGAUCGAAGCCGUUGGGUUUUUCCACCCGAUCAAGCUGGCCGAGCUCACGGGAACAUUGAUCAAGACUUAUAGGAUCGUCAGCAUCACCGGACACACUGCCCGUUCGGCCCCGUUUUCAUUCCUCACCUUACGACAGACCCACAGGCCGGGUCCAGCCGUCCCGUCUGCGCCCAAAAAAGCCAAAAAAGCCAAGAAGGGAAAAGGGGCAAUGCUCGGUCCUGAGAGAGGUGUCAAUGCCGGGCCGAGUAGCUGGACUUUUGUCGCGCUGGGGCAAGCAAAAGACAGCUCUUCUGUCGAACCCUCUCCCGGACCCGCAGAUCCAACUCGAUCCCCUCCGCCAGUCCCGGCUAUCCCUGACAUCUCAAUCGAUAGCCCCGCUGAUCUGGUCGUCCGCAAGCGACCAAGAAUCGAAAAUGAUCCAUCUCCUCCCCCCCUCGGUAUCCUCACGCGGCCCUGGAUCAUCUUCGAGUCCGUAGGAGCUCUAGACACACAUUGCUAA